CUGCAAACCCCAGCCUAGACCCAUCCCCAAACCUUGACUCAGGGUCCAGGUCGGUGUUUGGAGUACAAGUUCAGGUAAGGGUCCAAGGCCGGGUCCAGUCUCAGGUGUUCAGGUUUCGGGGUCCCAAGGGUCGGAGUCCUGGGAAUCAAGGUCUGGAUCCCCAACGUUAGACCCUUUGUAAAUAUUAUAAUACAAACUAAUACAGAUCAUUUUUUAUGUAUUAAUUAAAUAAAGUGAUGGACAUCAUAUAAAAUUUUUAGUUAUAAUAAUUUAUACAAUAAUUUUUUUUGAUCAUACAUUGUUUUUUUUGUGAGAGAUUCAUACAUACAUAGUGUUUCUUGUUAUUUAAUACAGUACACCUCUUAUAUUAUUUUUAAGUUACAACAUUAUUUUAUAUUUUAUUUUCAAUUUCAUUUUUUUUUACUAUAUUCUGAUCUUUCAAUGCCUAUAAAUUAAACCCAACAAUGUCUUCUCAUUUCAUGUCUCAAAUUUCUUAAUCUUAACUCCCUUUCUUCUUGUCUAAUAUCUCUCAACUCCAUUCUCACAUGUUGUGGUGAUUUCUCAGGCUGUGAAGGUGUAUUGUAACAAGAUGUACUUUUGUCCAAACAACCACCUAUUGUUCACAAAAUAUUAUGAUUAUACAUUUCCUUGUCAUGUAUGUGGUCUUUCUAAUAUUACACCUCCAUUUUAUGCUUGCGAAUUGUGUGUGUAUUUCGUCCACAAAUCAUGUGGAGAAUUGCCACACCAUUUGUUAUUUCACUCUAAACAUCCUUCCCACACUCUUACCUUGUCUUCGGAAGAAAAUUACAAGUGUAACGCUUGUAAUAGUAAUUUUUCUUUUUCUCCUACUUUCAAAUGUGACUCUACCUGUAAUUUUUACUUAGAUUUAAAAUGUGCUAUGAUGGCCCCAUAACAUUCAAAAAACUUGAUCUCGAUCAAACUACGACCAUUAUUCAACAUUCUACUCAUCCACAUCCAAUGAAAUAUUUCCAUGUUGACUAUGAUUAAACCGCUCAUUGUUUUGGUUGUCGAUCACUAAUUAAAUCUGGUUGUCAAGUUUAUGUUUGUGGCGAAGAUUUCGAUUAUGUUCUUCACAAAUCAUGCGCAGAACUUCCAAAAGAAAUUCAUUAUCCUUUUCACUUGAACCAUGGUCCUCUUACUCUAAACAUAAAAUAUUUCAAAUGGUUCAAUGAUAAAUGCAAUUUGUGUAACAAAAUCUACACAACUAUAUUCAUUUUCAAAUGCAAUGAGUGUAGUUUUUGGUUAUGUUUGAAAUGUAAUGAAAUUGCAAUGAGAGCGAAAAGGAGUAUCAAGUAUAAGUAUCAUGAGCAUCUUCUUUGCUUUGCUUCUGAUGGUGAUAUGUUUAUUGACAAUAAUAAUCAGUGUGACAACUAUGAUUCUUAUUGCAAGCAAACACCAAUUAUACUUCACAAUUAAGAAUUUUUUGACACUUCUGCUUUUACAUUUUAUUGUUUGGAAUGUGAUUUCAAAUCACACUUGUUGUGUGGACCACUGCCAUCUAGAAUUGAAUAUGAGUAUAACAUUCAUCCUCUGAUCAGGGCCGGCCCUGACUUUUAGGCCGGGCCUGCGAAGGUUUUGAAGACUAUUAUUGUGAUAUCUGUGAAAUGAGAAGAGAUCCACGAAUACGCAUAUACUAUUGUGGAGAUUGCGAAUACGCUGCACAUGUGCAUUGUCUCAUUAAUGAGAUUAAAAAUAUAUUUGAAAGUGACAUAAACAAUGUGCCACUCAUAACUAUGGGAGAAGAUUUGGGCAUAGCUGCUGAUGAUGAAUAUGAUGAUAUUUCUAGUGAAAGAUUGAUUGAUAUGAUAAAUGCACUUUCUCAUGAGGAGAAAAAGUUUCUAAGGAUGUUCUACAUAUGGGAUGAUUCAUCAUCAUUGGUCAAAGAACAACAAUUAGAAAAACAAAAACAUUCUCAUAAUGAAGCUUCUGAAUCUAAUCUUGAAGAUAAAGAUGUUAACUGGAUUAUAGAUUAUUUAUCUUUAAGAUACAUUAAUCGUAGGGAUGCAUUCAAUAAUAAUGUCAAUGUUUACAGGCUUAGAAUGUUUGAGAAAAAACCGAAAUUCGAAUCCACUGAUCUUGAGUUAAAGCUUGUGAUUGUCGAAGGUUAUAAAAUACCUCAUCCGCUAGCACCUAUUUUAAAAAGAUUACUAAGUGAGCAUGGAGAUAUUAGUUCUGAUGAUGGUGAAAUAAAAUUAUCGAAAGAAGGGAAGAGCGUCAUCUAUUUUAUUUUGUGCAAGACUUUGAAAAGAAUGCGCGAUACUAAAAUUGCUGACAUCACCAUCGAUCUUCUUUUAGAAUGGGAUUUCAAUGUAAAUUUUAUUAAAGAAAGUGUUGCCUUCGAAAUUGAUUUUCUAACUUCCCAUGUAUGGGAAUUAAUUAAACCUAUUUUCCGUGGUAUUCAAGCAAAAAGACUUGAAAGUGAAAUUCCAACAAUGAUAAUGAAGCGAAGAGAAAAGCUACAUCAGGAAAUGAUAAAACUAGACUCUCAAUUGGCGACAUGUGAGAACAUUCUUAAGACUCCUGGGCUCAAGGAAUUGUGUGCUAAAGCUUCUGCAAAGAAGUGGAAUAGUGCAGGUGAAGGUUUAUUUUAGGGCAUAACUUAGUUUUUAGUUUAUUUUUGUAUUAUGGAUCACACCUAUUUUACUCUUCUUUGAACUAUUGUAUGUCUUUUCUAAUUAAAUAAAUUUGUACCAUUCCCAU